AUGAAGAAGUUUGUUGAUAAAUUUAGGGAACAUUGGAAAAGGUUCAGUUUUAUGAAGUCUGUGGAUGCCUCAAAUAGAACCAAUGAUGAUGAUUUCAUUCGCAAGCUUGUAAAGGAGGUAAUUGCUGAUGUUGGUGCAGAAAAUAUAGUUCAGUUCAUUACGGAUAAUGGUUCAAACUUCAAAAAGGCAGGGAAGGAUUUACAGCUGGAAUACCCACAUAUGUUUUGGACUCCUUGUGGUGCUCAUUGUGUUCAGUUGAUGCUAGAAGAACUUGGUGCCAAGCUUCCACGAAUCAAGACAGCCGUCAUUCUAGGUAAGAGACUGGUCACAUAUAUUUAUGCUCAUUUUCAAGUAUUGAGCUUAAUGAGGGAGUUGACUAAAGCAGACUUACAUAGGUGGGUAAAAACUAGGUUUGCAAGAGAAACUAUUGGAGUAAAUGCACUUAAGCUUGUUACAAAUAGUAAAUUUUGGGAAGAUGUUGAUUACUCUUGUAGGGUGAUAAAGACUUUAGUUAAGGUAGUAAGGUUAGUGGAUAUCGAACGCAAACCUACAAUGCCUUCUUUUUAUGAGUCAAUGAGAAUAGCAAGGGAUCAACUUGAGAAGAAUCUCAGUGAAGAUAAUGGUACUUGGGAUAUAGUUAAGGCUGUUUUUGAUAAAAGAUGGAAGAAUAACUUUAAUCAUCCACUGCAUUGUGCCGCUUAUUAUUUAAAUCCUUCCAUAUUCUAUAAGAUUCCAGCUCAUUUGAAGGAUAAUGAUCCAAAGUACAUAGAAAUCAAAAGGGGACUUCAUGAAGCUAUGAAAAGGCUUAUAACCAAUGAAGAUGAACUUGAGCUAGCAACAACUGAAUUGAGACGAUAUAAUGAUUCUUAUGGGAUCCUGGGAACUCCUGUAUGCAAAAAAGGAAGAGACAAAGAUCAACCUCAUGAUUGGUGGAUUACGUAUGGAGGAAUCGAUGUUCCAAACCUGCAAAAGUUUGCAAUCAGGGUAUUCGUCUUACUUCUUCUGCUUCCCCAUGUGAGCGAAACUGGAGCACAUUUCAACAUGUCAAUGUAUAUUGUUGUCUUCUUAUCACAACAAACAACAGUGCAUGAAACAAUUAGUUUACUUAUUUAUUUUUUCGUAUUUCAAUUGCACUUUAAGAAGCGAAAUCGCAUAAAACAACAGAGAUUGAAUAAUAGUGUCUUUAUCCAAUAUAACAAGAAAUUGCAGCGUCGUUAUAAAGAAAUUUCAGAAUAUAACGAUGAUGAGACAACUCAUGAUCCUAUUUUUCUUGAUGAGCGUGAUGAAAAUGAUGAAUGGUUGGAUCCACGGAACUUGGAAGACUUGGUUGUAGAAGGUGAUAAUGUAACUCCGGAUGAUUUGCAAGAUAUUCUUGGUGAAGAAAGUCGGCCAAUUGGUAGUAGAGACACUAAUUAUGGACUACUUGAUGGAGCUGAUGGAGUUACUGAAGAUGAUGAUAUCUAUAAUGACUCGUAUGAUUUUGAAUAA